AUGACGGAAGAGCAGUGGAACAUCGUAAGGAAUGACUGCGACAGUAUCGUAAAAGAGAGGGAUUCCUUCACACCGGAAGUACAAGAUAUAGCUUCGGAUAGAGAAGCCACGGAGGGUGAGUUGGACGAUGAUGAGCAGCAGGAAGAUAAACUUAACAUUUUAGGAGAAGACUGCGACAUCAUCUCACAAGAGAGGGACUCCUUAACACAGGAAGUCCAAGAUACAGAAUCCGAUAUAAAGCCCACGGAGAAUGAAUUUGACGCUAAUGAAAUGACGGAAAAGCAAUGGAUCGUCAUAAGAGAUGACUGCGAAAAUAUCGUUAAAGAGCUAGAGUUCUUAAUACUAGAAGCCCAGCAGAUGGGAGAGGAUAGAGAGGACUCAGUGUGUGAGAUGGGCGAGGAUGAGCUGCAAGAAGAACAAUUUAAUAUUUUAGGAGAAGACUUCGACAGCAUAUCACAAGAGAGGGAUUCCUUCACACCGGAAGUACAAGAUAUAGCUUCGGAUAGAGAAGCCACGGAGGGUGAAUUGGACGAUGAUGAGCAGCAGGAAGAUAAAUUCAACAUUUUAGGAGAAGAUUGCGACAUCAUCUCACAAGAGAGGGACUCCUUCACACCAGAAGUACAAGACAUAGCACUGGAUAGAGAAUCCACGUUGUGUGAGUUGGAUGAUGAUGAGCAGCAGGAAGAUAAAUUUAACAUUUUAGGAGAAGACUGCGACAUCAUCUCACAAGAGAGGGACUCCUUAACACAGGAAUUCCAAGAUAUAGAAUCGGGUAGAAAGCCCACGGAGAAUGAAUAUGACGCUAAUGAAAUGACGGAAGAACAAUGGAACAUCAUAAGGGCUGACUGCGACAGUAUCGUAAAAGAACUGGAGUUUUUAAUACUCGAAGCCCAGCAGAUGGAGACGGAUAGAGAGGACUCAGAGUGUGAGAUGGACGAGGAUGGGGUGCAGGAAGACGAAAGACACAUUAUAGGGGAAGACUGCGGCAAUAUCAUAAAAUAG